AUGGACAAUCUGGAGGAGUCCUCGCUGCUCCAUGUGCAGCGCACGUGGGCAGAACCGAACGGAGUGGAUGUGGUCCUCAUUAUUCCGGCCAAAGACGUGGCAAGGCACCAGAUUUCUGGAACCCAGCGCUGGGCUCUGAAGCAGAUGGGCGUCAAAGUCCACGAGGUCUCGUGGGUUCGGCCAGAGCUGAACGCUGGCAUCCCCCACUGGGCCGCCACGUCCUGGUGUGUUGAUCGCGAUUUCUUCAAACUGCAUGCUCUGGGCUUGGAGUACAAGGCAAUCAUCUUCUAUGAUUCGGAUUUGUAUGUGAACCCCACGAGUUUCGAUCCCCUCAGUGCGGUGUUCAACUGCGCCUACCAGGGCUACUUCCUCGCGUCGGCGUUGCACGGGGGCUUCGAGCCUCUGGCUGUGGGCUUUUUUGCCUUGCGGCCUGCUCCGGCCCUACUCCGCGCCGCGCAGCGCUUCCUGAGGAAUGCCACCUACGAUGAAGAGAGGUCCUGGAACCAGCUGGGCUUCGGGCCUUGGGGCUGCCUGGACAGUACAGACGACUGGUGCCUCCGCUCCGUACAUGUCGGGGCAGAAUGCGGGCAGGGCCUUUUCUACAACCUCUUUUACCGCGCUGAUGCAAAGUUCUGGAGUGCUCUCGAAGCUGAAGCCGCAUCCGUCAGGCCGCUCGGAGUGAUGCUGGACGGCUGCAUCUGGCUUUACGAGAAUGCAAUCCGGGUCCCUGGAUUUCCAGAGGUGAUCAACCCGUGCCUGGAUUUGGUCUCACAGAACCGAUGUAGCGAGAUCGUGGUUUACCACAAGGUCAUUCAGGGCCGCGGCUGCGCCGCAUCGCCCGAGCUCCUCGGUGAGGCCUGGACGAAGCUGAGGUUGCACCCGUCGGAUGCGAACGACAGCCUGUACACGUUCUUUACAUCGCCAACUAUGAAGCCCGAGCUGUAG